CCUCGACACUGGAUCAAUACCGCUGCUAGAUCGGAAUUCGUUUCUACGUGACGUUUAAUAUUAGUAAAAGUAAGACAUGGGUACGGCCCUCGGAGUAAAAUUAUUAAUACACGUGAGUAUGGCCAUCGGAGCAAGGAUAUAUUUAAACCUUUAGAUUCUUCAUUUUAAGUUCCAAAUGACUUUACCAAAGUACCAGAAAGCAGUUGUUGUCGAGAAAUACGGAGAGGACCUUGCUCUUAAAGAGCUCCCAGUGCCUGAAGUGGGCCCCGGCCAAGUGCUCGUCAAAGUGGAAGCUAGCUUGUUGGGUGGAGGGUUAAGGGAAAGAGCCAAACAGCCUAGAAACCCAUUGUUUUGCCUUCCUGAACCUUUCGUCAUCGGAACCUCUGCCGUGGGAAGAGUGAUUGAAAGCGAUACUUUCAAAAAGGGGCAGCUUGUCUAUCUGGAUCCUGCUGUUUGGUCGAGAGAUUCUGCCGGGCACUAUGUUGUGAAAUCGAUCGCAGACGGUCCAACACCUGAAUCCAAAGCAUUAUCUGCACAGGAGUACAAGAGGAACGGUUACAUCUCAGAGUACACCCUAGUGGACAUCGAGAACUGCUAUCCUAUCAAUGAAGAAGCCAUUGGCGUGGACACGGACGUGAUUACAGCUUUGUCUUUUCCCCUAGUGGCAUAUGGUGGAUUCAGAGGAAUCGAUCUGAAACCAGGAGAGACUGUGGCCAUUGGUCCUGCUACAGGCAAGUUUAGUAGCGCUGCUGUUGCUGUGGCUUCUUCAAUGGGUGCCAAAGUCCUGGCCUUAGGAAGAGACAAAACGGCUCUUGAGAAACUUGCAUCCGAUUAUAGAAACGUUCACCCUGUUGUCUUGACAGGCGAUAAAGAUGCUGAUGCAGCUUCUCUUCACAAGUUCGGUUCUCUUGACGUUUUCAUGGAUUUUUCCCCUACCACAGCAUCAAACCCAAUCUUCCUGGAUGCGGCCAUUAAUUCUAUGAGUUUCGGAGGCAGGGUCAUUCUUUCUGGUUUCAUUUUUGGCCCUCUGGCCGUUCCAUAUCCACUUUUGGUCUCAAAGAACCUUACCAUCAAAGGAAAAAUUAUGUACUCGCGGCAGGAGGCCAAAGACUUUAUUAAGAUGGUUGAGAACGGAAUCUUCAAGGUGGAUCACGUCCAGGUGAAGAAAUUCGCCAUCGAGAAAUUCGCAGAGGCAGCUGAUGAGGCUUCGACGAAAAAAUUUUGGAAUCACCAAGUCGUGUUGAGCACUAAGUAAGUAAGUAGUCAAGAUUUUUUUGCAACU